UCAGCAAAGGGCCCCGAGCUUCUCUAGUGGGGGAUGUGUCACGGUUUAUAUUUUUGAAGAAAAUGGUUGUUAUUUAUUGAUACAGUCCUCUGAAAGUGAGCCUUUACAAUGUAGAUGUGCUGUAGAGCAUGGUCCUGUGUCAGUAAGGGAAUUUAUGUACAUUGCAGUCACUGCUUGCUUUCUUCCUUUAAAGAAAACUUCUUUUCAGUGUUGUUUUUUAUUGCUGCUUGAAAAUACUGCAAGGUGGUAUUCGGAGUGUCACCUGGGCCCUCUGCCUGGGAUGCUUGGCCCUCAUAAGAUGCAUCCUGUGAGAAUUGGGGUAAAUUGUAAACCCAGUAAAGGUCCCAGAAUCGAACGUCAGACUGUGGGGUCAGUCUGCAUGUUUAGCAAAUGGGAACAAGAAUAAAAUACUGUGCACUGAUAAACAUUUUUUCUUUUUUUUUCUGGAGAGAAAACAAGCCUAUAAAUCAGUUUCCGCUGUUUGUCAGGGAAGUCUGUUGUUUUCUCCAUCCUUUAAUCAGAGAGAGAGGUCAAAGUCACAUGCAGCAGGCUCUGUCUCGCAGCCCAUGUCCUGUAGUUACAAGUGUAGUUUAACUAUUUGCCAGCACGUGCACAAAUACCUUUGUGCUCUCAAGAGCACUCUUGCUUCUCUUAGCAGUCCAGAAGGUUCAAGUGUGCCUCAUUGCUUGUGGAAUGUUAAACACAUGGUGAAGGUGUCAUAACUUGGGGUAAUUUGUGCAUGCACACAUGCAAGACUUCAGAAAUACAUGACUUUAUUUUUGAUUACUGAAUCUCUAAGUUUAAAAUUGCUGUAGGUAGACACUUAUGGUUGCUGAGACUCCUAAAGUUGCUGUGGUUCCUUUCAUUUCAGACAAAUCAACCUUUCAGUGAUUCACCAGUAUGUGGAUUACCUGGUAAGCAAGCAGAACGUGAAGAACAUCUUUGUGAAUGGCACCACAGGAGAAGGCCUGUCCCUUAGCAUCCAGGAGAGGAAGCAGUUGGCAGAAGAAUGGAUGUGCCAAGGGAAAGACAAGCUGGAUCAUGUAAUAAUUCAUGUGGGAGCUUUAAGUCUACUGGAGUCCCAAGAACUGGCCAGACAUGCAGCAGCCAUAGGUGCUAGUGGUAUUGCAGUAAUAGCUCCCUCCUUCUUCAAACCCACAAAGAAAGAUGAACUCCUUGGUUUCUUACAGAAAGUUGCAUCCGAAGCCCCUACAGUUCCAUUUUAUUACUACCACAUUCCAGCUCUGACGGGUGUAAAGAUUCGUGUUGAGGAGCUGCUGGAUGGAAUAAGAGAGCAGAUCCCCACCUUCCAGGGUGUGAAGUUCAGCGACACAGACCUCUUGGACCUUGCACAGUGUAUAAACAAGAAUGAGAGAGAACGGUUUGUGUUUCUCUAUGGAGUAGAUGAGCAACUGUUGAGUGCACUGGCAAUAGGGGCAAAUGGAGCAGUUGGAAGUACCUACAACUACCUAGGUAGGAAAACCAACCUGAUGUUGCAAGCUUUUGCAAAGCCAGACCUUGCAUUAGCACAGAAGUACCAGUUUCUCACGGGGGAAUUUCUCAGUUUUGUCAUCAAACUAGGUUUUGGUGUUGCACAGACAAAGGCUGUAAUGACUUUUGUUUCUGGCAUCCCCAUGGGACCUCCACGGCUUCCUCUUGUUAGUGCCUCUGAGGAAUUCAUUGCCAAGGCCAAAGCCAAGCUGGAGAGCAUUGUGUGGCCUGAUGGUGACUGACUUCACUCCCACGUCGAUGUGCAGGGGCUCCUUUUCUGGGAUUUGCUGUCACUUGGCAUGCUCCUAAUGCAAUGGGCUGAUUUGGCUGUGAUCUCCUUCAGGAAAAUGAAAGUAAUCAGCGUGGAAGGGCUGGCACACACGUAGCCAGCCACCUGUUCUUUAACUUCACUCUGCUCUUCUGGAGCUCUGCACUGCCCAGCACUGGCUGCUAUCAUUAAACAAACAAAAAAAAAAAGACAAAAAAAACCCAAAAAAACAACAACCAAACUGGUUUGCUCCAGCAGAGGGAUCCUGACUUUCUUUUGUUUAGAAAGAAAGGUCUGCCUGCACUGCCCUAAACAGGAGGGGAAUCAACUUUUUACAAGGGUAGGCAGCAACAGGACAAGGGGGAAUGGUUUUAUCCUCAAGGAGGGUAGGUUUAGACUGGAUGUCAAGAGGAAGUUCUUCGAAGAGAGAGUGGUGAGGUGCUGGAACUGCUUGCCCAGAGAGCUGUGGAUGCUCUGUCCUUGGAGAUGUUCAGGAC